UCACCCCACCCCACCACACUCACCCACACCGCCAUGUCUGCCUCCAUCGAAGAGAUCGCCGACGACGUGCAGGACCUGCAGGUCGAGUCCGACGUCGAGGCGUCCGGCGCCACCGGCGGCGACGUCACCAUCGGCGAGCACGUCACGAGCAAGCCGGAGCGCAAGGCGCGCAAGAGCCUGCAGAACAUCGGCCUCAAGAAGGUGCAGGGCAUCACGCGCGUGACGAUGCGCCGGCCCCGCGGCCACCUCUACGUGAUCUCGACGCCCGAGGUGUACAAGUCCGCCUCGGCCGACGUGUACAUCGUCUUUGGCGAGGCCAAGUCGGAGGACCAGAGCAUGGCCGCGCAGCAGGCGCAGGCCGCGCAGAUCGCGCAGCAGGAGGCGCAGCAGGACAAGCUGCUCGCCGACAGCUUCGCCGCGAGCCAGGCGCAGAGCGCCGGUGCCGGCAAGGAGAAGGAGGAGAAGGAGGAAGAGAGCGACGGCGAGAUCGACGAGACGGGCGUCGACGCCAAGGACAUCGACCUGGUCAUGCAGCAGGUGUCGUGCUCGCGCCGCAAGGCCGUCAAGGCGCUCAAGGAGACCAACGGCGACCUCAUCAACGCCAUCAUGAACGCCUCGUAGAUGCGCGCAUCACCUCGCAGGCCGGCGCAUGCUGCCUGCUCUCAAUCGGAACGGCCUCGGCACCGCCUCGCGGCACACCCGCGCCGCUCCGGAAUAAAAGCAGUCGAUCCAACACGUCUGCAGGCGACUCGAUGCGCAAGGUAUAGAUUGGGACAGACAGGCCGGAGCAGGGAAUCGACAGAGG